CACAUGAAACCUUAAAACCCAAACCCCAAAACCCUCUCUACGUACUCUACUCGAACUCGAAGAUUCUUUCCCUCUCCUCUGCGAACACCUUUCGAUUAUGAAGCCUUUUGGCGCAAAUCAAUGGCGCAGGUUCGGCAUUUCUAGGGUUUUCAGUUCCCUCUUCUACUCCACAACUAGGGCUCCUAAAGGCGACACUCUGUUCCAGAGGAUUUCUCGGUGUGGAGAUCCAAAGAUCUCCUUGAUCCCAGUUUUGAAUCACUGGGCUGAACAAGGUAGAGACGUCAACCAACCUGAACUUCAAAGGAUCAUCAAGCAGCUUCGUAAAUACCGUCGUUUCUCGCAUGCUCUCCAGAUUUCAGAGUGGAUGAGCGAAGGAAUGAACUGUGACCUUUCUCCAGGCGACGUAGCAGUUAAGUUGGAUUUGGUCUCAAAAGUUCAUGGCUUAGACCAAGCAGAGGAGUAUUUUAAUAGCAUCCCACCCGCUUUGAGAGCCGACAAAAUUUACGGUGCUCUUUUAAAUUGCUAUGCUGAGAAAAAAUACUUAGAAAAAGCUGAGCGCCUUUUUCAGAAGAUGAGGAAAUUAGGUUUCAUCAAAUCUAAUUUGUCUUAUAAUGUGAUGCUAAGCCUCUAUUCUCGAAUGGGAAAACAUGAGAAAUUAAAGGGUUUACUCCAAGAGAUGGAAGAGAAUGGCAUCAAGCAUGACAAAUACACGUUUAGUAUUCGGUUGAAUGCAUAUGCAGUUACCUCUGACAUAGAGGGAAUGGAGAAGCUUUUAAUGGAGAUGGAAGCUGAUCCUCAAGUGAAUCUGGACUUUCAUGCUUAUUUUGUUGCUGCAAAAGGAUACUUGAAAGCUGGUCUUUAUGAGAAGGCAAUAAUCAUGCUUAGGCGAUCGGAGCAACAGAUUAUCAACAGUAGAGGAAAGAGGAUUCAUUAUGAGCAUCUCCUCACACUAUAUGCUGCGGCAGGUCAAAAGAAUGAAGUUUAUCGUAUUUGGAAUCUGUACAAAAACAUGGAAAAACUCUACAACUCUGGCUAUCUUUCUGUGUUAAGUGCACUUGUGAAGCUUGAGGAUAUUGAUGGUGCAGAGAAGAUCUAUGCUGAAUGGGAAUCUUGGAACACAUGCUUUGAUAAUCGGAUUGCAAACUUGCUGAUAAGUGCUUAUUGCAAGAAUGGUCUUUUGGAAAAGGCUUUGCUGUGUGUAGAACGGCUUAUAAAUAAUGGACAUGAGCCAGCUGCCAGCAUAUGGCAAUGUCUGGCAAAUCAAUGUUGCAUAGAUGGUCGGAUGGCGAAGGCAGUUGAAACCAUGAAGAAAGCUGUAUUGGCCAAUGAACCAAAAUUGAAGCUCAACCGUUCUACUUUGGCUGUAUGUCUUGAAUACUUGAAAAGGGAGGGAGACGUCGAAACUGCGCAUGAGAUUCUAGGAUUACUUAGAGAACAGAAUUCUUUGUCGAAUGAUAUCUGCGAUAGAUUGGUAAAUUUUAUAAACAGUAAUGAAGAUAUUGGUGCCCUUGGUGCAAUGGAAGAGGAUGAUCAGAUUCAGAAGGUAGAGGAGGAUCAUGAUAUGGAUGGAAAGAUGAAUGUGUAAUAUGUAGCUCAAGAACGAGGCAAGAGAGUGAUCUUCUGCGAUGCUAUUAAAGAAGAUAUUCAAUUCAAUCACCAACGGGUUUCCAAUAUGCCUUUUUGCUUCCUGCUUUGUGUAAUGAACCAUUUCAAUGAUCCCAAACCAAAGAAUAAAAAUAAAAAUAAAAGGAGGAAGGAAAACAGCAGUCAUCUCAAUACUCACAAAAUUUCAGUUGGCUUAUGUUCUUGCCCCUUAAAAUUAUCGUGCUCCUUAAAAUUAUCUUGCUUUUUUGUCUGGCUGCAUCUCAGUCAGAACUGUUUUAUACACUUAAACUUGAUUUAUUGAG